AAUCGAAAAGAUGCGCGAACUUGUCGCAUUAGUUCUUAUCGCGUUGGCGCUCAGUCAAUUUGCAAACUCUCGGCUAUUGGAUGAAAAUUGUUCCGGUAAAGCGCCAGUACAGUUAAGAAUGGUCGGUGCACAGUUAGCUAACCCGAACACCACUACAUGGAUGGCUAGCCUGCACAAUCUUACCCACUUCGUAUGCGGCGCAACGCUUAUUCACAAAAGCUUUGUUCUAACAGCAGCACACUGUCCAAAACUUGGAGACGUUAGAACCGUGCAUGUAGGAGAAUACGACCUAAUGUGCUCGUCAAAAGAUUGCACCCACGUGGAGCGUCGUAAUGUGGCCGAGGUCUUUUAUCAUCCAAAUUAUAACAAACAAACAUUUCACUACGAUAUAGCGUUAUUGCGACUGGACCGUGAUGUAAUAUUCAAUAAAUACAUAAAGCCAAUUUGUAUAAUCUUGGACGAGGGUGUUUCAUCCAAGUCAGUGGACCAAUUCUCGAUUUUCGGAUGGGGAAAGACGGAAACCGACCUGAUAAGCGAUAAACUAAAAUGGCUCACUCUAAAUAAUGAAAUGGACCACACUAAAUGCGAAUCUGAUGGUGUGAAAAAGAUCUGUGCAGGCCGUCCCGAUAAAGCAGACGCAUGUCAUGGAGAUUCUGGCGGUCCACUGGCUGCGCCUUAUAACUACAACGGAAAGUACAGAUUUGUGCAGUUUGGGAUAAUCAGCUUUGGAUCUGAGUAUUGCGAUGGAUAUGGCGUCUAUACGGAUGUACUUGCCUACAGAGACUUCAUAGCUUCUAUCGUGUUGGAAAACGAGCCAAGACUUUUGACUGAGAACUGCAAGAGCGAUUGGGGUGGUGGAGUUUACCUGCGCCUUUGGGAGAUGUCACAUUUAAAGCACACUUUCCCUGGCGGCCUAAUCACAAACAGGUUUGUCUUGACUGUUGCAAGUGCCUUUCCCCCAAAAAUCUCUAAAAUAACUGUUGAGACCGAAUAUCUGGGCAGCUUCGAUGUAGAUUGGGUCCACAGGCACCCUAACUAUACCCUUUCAUCGCAAUUCAUGAAAAAUAAUAUAGCUGUGGUAAAACUAUCUAAGGAAGUCCCUAACUCAGAUCUCUUAAAACCAAUCUGCUUCCGGUUAAACACUGGUCUCCCAACGAUUUUUAAUGCUUUCAUGUACUUUCAGAACUCUAUUUUGGGUGCUCACAGUGAAUCCCUCGAGAAAGUCGAAGAUUACCAAUGCUCAAUUAAGACUGGAAUGACUAUAGGACCAAAUCAGAUUUGUGUGAAAAGACCUAAGGGCUUUUCCUUUGAUAUACCAGGCUCUUUUGUAGGUACAUUUCAAACGAUCUUAGGCUCCGAAAAAUAUCUUUUCGCUGGCAUGUUAAGUCAUGCUAAGAAUGGUAUAUAUUUGAUUACAAAUGUUCAAAGCCAAGGGAAAUGGAUAGAGUAUGAGUUACUCCGCUAAAACAGGCUUUUAUUUUCUUAAAAUUUCCAAGAAAUUCGA